GGGAGGGGCGGGGCCCGCCCCCGGGGUCGCCGCGGCUCGCUCGGCGCCCCGCCCGGCUUGGCGAGCUGCUCCUGGACCGGUCGCGCCCCUGCUGCCCGGCCUCCCGCAGCCUCUCCCCUAGGUCUCCUCCAAACGACCACCUCACGGAUUCCUUAUGGAUCGCAGCUCCAAGAGGAGGCAGGUGAAGCCUUUGGCAGCUUCUCUCCUGGAAGCCCUCGACUAUGAUAGUUCAGAUGACAGUGAUUUUAAAGUUGGAGAUGCUUCAGAUUCUGAAGGGAGUGGUAAUGGGAGUGAAGACCCUUCAAAGGACAGUGGAGAAGGCUCCUGUAGUGAUUCUGAGGAGAACAUUCUAGAAGAAGAACUGAAUGAAGAUAUUAAAGCAAAAGAAGAGCAGCUUAAAAAUUCGACAGAGGAAGAAAUAGUGCCAUCAGACAAACAGUUAAUUAAAAUGGAAAAGAAGGAAGAAGAGGAAAAUGGAGAAAGACCUAGAAAGAAAAAGGAGAAAGAAAAGGAAAAAGAGAAGGAAAGAGAGAAGGACAAAGAAAAGACAACGGCAUCUGAUAGCGUAGCUACUUCUGCUGCUGCCCCCACACCAGCCACAAGUCCUCCUGCUGUUACUUCCCCUUCAGUCGCUGCCACAACCACUGCCACCGAGGAGCAAGUCAGUGAGCCCAAGAAAUGGAAUCUUCGUCGAAACCGUCCCCUUUUGGACUUUGUAUCCAUGGAAGAGCUGAAUGACAUGGAUGACUAUGACAGCGAAGACGACAAUGAUUGGAGACCCACUGUAGUAAAGAGAAAGGGGAGAUCGGCAUCUCAGAAGGAGGGCAGUGACGUAGACAAUGAGGAUGAUGAAGAUGAGGGAAGUGGGAGUGAUGAAGAUGAGAAUGAUGAGGGCAAUGAUGAAGACCAUAGCAGCCCUGCUAGCGAAGUGGGCUGCAAGAAGAAGAAGAGUAAAGUUCUUAGCAGAAACAGUGCUGAUGAUGAGGAACUGACCAAUGAUAGCCUGACCCUAUCUCAAAGCAAGAGCAAUGAGGACUCGCUGAUUCUUGAGAAGAGUCAAAACUGGAGUUCCCAAAAAAUGGACCAUAUUCUGAUUUGCUGUGUUUGUCUUGGAGAUAAUAGUGAAGAUGCAGAUGAAAUAAUUCAGUGUGACAAUUGUGGCAUUACAGUUCAUGAAGGUUGUUAUGGAGUUGAUGGGGAGAGUGACUCCAUUAUGAGUUCAGCUUCGGAAAACUCCACUGAGCCUUGGUUUUGUGAUGCCUGUAAAUGUGGUGUUUCUCCCAGCUGUGAGCUAUGUCCUAAUCAGGAUGGAAUUUUCAAGGAGACUGAUGCUGGAAGAUGGGUCCACAUCGUUUGUGCCCUAUAUGUUCCUGGAGUAGCCUUUGGAGAUAUUGAUAAGUUACGACCAGUAACACUGACAGAAAUGAACUAUUCUAAAUAUGGUGCCAAGGAGUGUAGCUUUUGUGAAGACCCUCGCUUUGCUAGAACUGGAGUUUGCAUUAGCUGUGAUGCAGGGAUGUGCAGAGCCUAUUUUCAUGUUACUUGUGCCCAGAAGGAAGGCCUGCUUUCAGAGGCGGCAGCAGAAGAGGACAUAGCAGAUCCAUUUUUUGCUUAUUGUAAGCAACAUGCAGAUAGGUUAGACAGAAAAUGGAAAAGAAAAAACUACUUGGCUCUACAAUCCUAUUGUAAAAUGUCUCUUCAAGAGAGAGAAAAACAGCUGUCCCCUGAAGCACAGGCAAGGAUCAAUGCCCGACUACAGCAAUAUCGUGCCAAGGCAGAGCUGGCUCGAUCUACCAGACCGCAAGCCUGGGUUCCAAGGGAAAAGUUGCCCAGGCCACUAACAAGUAGUGCUUCGGCCAUUCGUAAACUGAUGCGCAAAGCAGAACUAAUGGGGAUCAGUACAGAUAUCUUUCCAGUGGACAAUUCAGAUACUAGUUCUAGUGUGGAUGGAAGGAGGAAACAUAAGCAGCCAGCUCUCACUGCAGAUUUUGUGAAUUACUAUUUUGAGAGAAAUAUGCGCAUGAUUCAAAUUCAGGAAAAUAUGGCUGAACAAAAGAAUAUAAAGGAUAAAUUAGAGAAUGAGCAAGAAAAGCUUCAUGUAGAAUAUAAUAAGCUCUGUGAAUCUUUAGAAGAACUGCAAAAUCUGAAUGGGAAACUUCGGAGUGAAGGGCAAGGAAUAUGGGCCUUACUUGGCCGAAUUACAGGGCAGAAGUUGAAUGUACCGGCAAUCUUACGAGCACCUAAGGAGAGAAAACCAAGUAAAAAAGAAGGAGGCACACAGAAGACAUCUGCUCUUCCUACGGUACUUUAUAGUUGUGGAAUCUGUAAGAAGAACCAUGAUCAACAUCUUCUUUUGCUGUGUGACACCUGUAAGCUGCAUUACCAUCUCGGGUGCCUUGAUCCUCCUCUUACAAGGAUGCCGAGAAAGACCAAAAACAGUUACUGGCAGUGCUCAGAGUGUGACCAGGCAGGAAGCAGUGACAUGGAAGCAGACAUGGCCAUGGAAACCUUGCCAGAUGGAACCAAACGAUCAAGGAGACAGAUUAAGGAGCCAGUGAAAUUUGUUCCUCAGGACGUGCCACCAGAGCCCAAGAAGAUUCCAAUAAGAAACACGAGAACCAGAGGACGAAAGCGAAGCUUUGUUCCUGAGGAAGAAAAACAUGAGGAAAGAGUUCCUAGAGAAAGAAGGCAGAGGCAGUCUGUGUUGCAAAAGAAGCCGAAGGCUGAAGACUUAAGAACUGAAUGUGCAACUUGCAAAGGAACUGGAGAUAAUGAGAAUCUCGUCAGAUACCCUUCAUGAGACCCAAGUCUGCCACAGCUCAUCCUCGGAGGCAAUCCCGGAAACCUCUUUUAUAAGUGUGGUUUUAAAAAUGUGGAUUAAACUCUCAAUAGAGUAUAUAAACUAAAGGAGAACAGCUAUCUUGUCCUUCCCAUAAGCUUAUCACUGCAAAAAAAAAGUGCUUUUGCUUGUCAGGUUUGGAUAGAAUGUAAUUGAUUGGUCUGUUAUAUGGGUAGACAAGGCAGUUAAUUUGUCUGUGGAUUUUUUUCCUUUUUUUCUUUCUAUUGUCUUCUUCUUUCUCCCUCUUUACUCUUUAAUUUUUUUCUGUUACAAUCGUAAGAAACACUUGGUGUACACAUUAUUAAAAACAACAGUGGGUAAUGUCUUGUCAAAACUGUAAAUGUCUUUCCCUCUUGCUUCGUUGGCACAAGACGAUACACUAUUUGGACUCAAUGAAGAGUAAGGGAAGCCAGUGGGACUUACAUGCUCUGGGCUUCCCUGUUGUUGAACAGUUAUCUCCGUUAUUUGUUUGUAAAAGGACAAUGCUUGCCACUGAUCUGCAAGUCUGUAUCAACUUACUUACUACAUGUAUUCAUACACGAAAGAAAUUCUGCAAUGAGAACAACUCUAGACUCAAAUUUAAUAUUAUUUCUAUUUGUGAUAUUCAGCAAAAGUGAAAGACUGGUGAAGAUUACAACUUUCUGGUGUUAAGUAGUUUGAAAGCACUUAAUAUUAGCAUGGACAUUUUAUAACUAGAAUUUAAGCUCAAGCAUAAACUGACUAUCUGUAUUAGUCUGAAGGUACUUUUUUUCAGAAAUGCCCAAAUUAAUUCUUUAUUGUUCUAUUUAAUACGAACUCUGUGUGUUCCAUGUAAUUUUACUUUUUGAACUUAAAAGUGAAGCUGUGAAACGAGGGAGAUACAGAGCUUGUUGAGUAUACAGCCUGCCUGCUGAAAGAUCUUCACCAGCACCUAUGUCUUCCCAGAGGUUUCAGAGUUUACAUUUGAUCUUCACGCUUUACUGGCCCAGUUUUAAGUCAACGGCAGAAAUACUUUGAAUAUUGCAUCACUUAAUCUUGAACUGGUUUAGAAGAGACUGUUGAAAUUGAAGUGCACAUAUACAUGUAAAGUGUUAAAUUGUCUUUUGGAAUUCCAUUGUUUAUCAUUGCGGAUUUGGAUCUUUCCAGGUGUAGGGGUAUUUGGAAUAGCUUAAACUGUAGGAAUAGAAUAGACGAUGCUGUAGCUAGCGAUUGUAUGUGUAAUUGUGAAGUUGGUGUCUCUAGUAAUCUAUAGUUAUAGAAACCAUAUGAUUGGAUAAAAUGUUUAGUAAAAUUAAACAUGUAGGAAAUAAUGUAUAAAGAUACUAUUUAUUUAUUAAUAAAUUUGAUAGCACUGGAGACAGUAUCCAUAAUCCUUAGGAAAAGCAGUAUGCUUUCUUUAAGUAUAAGGAAGAACCAACGAUCCUUACUUAAUUUAUGGAAAAGUUGGUAAACUCCAGCAAAUAUUAUGAAAAAUGGCAAUGGCAGAUUAGCAUUUUUCAAAUGAACUAUGCUUUAGGCCAGCUGUCUUUUAGCAUAAGAUAGGAAAACAUUAAUGGGUAUUUUUGUAAUUUAGGGUUCACUUUCCCUCUUAGGGGUUUUUGUCUUGGUUUUGAGAAAUUAUAGAUAGUGUGGUUGUAAUGUCAGUGUUAACCAAACCCUUUAACAUUCUUCAUCUUUUAGUUUUCAGUGGUAAAUUAUGCUCUUCUAAGUUUGGUAAACAACCCAUGUUUUUCACAUGUUACAGAUAUAAGUUGCACAGUUCCUACAUAAUAGGUUCUUACGAGUCUCCAUCUUCUGAAGAGAACAGAGUAAAAUGUUUUCUCUUAAUAAUCUUCUAAAUAACAGGAGAAAAUUAACUUUUACCCAUUACUAUUCCAUUGCUGUUAAAGAGGAAAAAUAAUGGUUUUUUCUUUUGGUUUCUUUUGCAAAAAUUUAGAUAUAUUAAGCCGUAAUUUUACUUAAAGAGAAACAUUCAGCUUUUUAAUUGUUUUUUUCAUUAGUUAUUUUUUAAAUUUAAAUUUAAAUUAGAAACAAGUUCCCUCGAAAAUUAAUGUUUAUCUAAGAAAAUAUUUCUAAAUUAUUUAUAGCUUAUAAAUACAUGUAAAAGAGAGUGACAGCUCAGGUAUUUGACAGUUAACAAGUAUUAACAAGGGGAUGGGAGAGUGCUUACUUAGUAAAAUGCAUAUAAGCAUUGGGCCUAGGCUCAGACUUGUAAUCCCAGUGAGUGCUGCGGGCAGAGACAGAAGGGUCUCUGUGACUUACUGGUCAGCCACCAUAUACACGGGGCAAGUACCAGGCAAAUGAGAGACCCUACCUCACAAAACAUGGUGGAUGAUUCUGGAGCAGGAUGAUAGGCCAACACACACACACACACACACACACACACACACACACACACACACACACACACACACACACACACACACACACACACACACACACACGUACUUACAUUACACAACAUUGGGAAGGAAAUUUACUGCCUCUGAAAUACACAAUGGAUGAUAUGGUAGAAAUGCAUCAGAGUCACAGGAAGAAUUUGUCGAGACUUGGUUGGUUAUCAUCAUUUCCUUGUCCUCCUGUUCCACCUUGUCUCUCUCUGCCUCUGGAGUUUUUAAUUCUGUAGAUGUGUGCUGAGUUGCAAAAAUCUGAAUUUCUAGCAGAUUCAGAAUAAUGUUGAUUUAGCUGGUCAGGGACAUUCCCUUGAUAACAGUUAAUGUACAGUAUUUGUUUAAUAAUCAUAUAUCCAGUAUUGAUUAAUAGUGAGUGUGGAUAUCUUUUAGGGCUUCAGAUUUCUCAAACUAUUUGUUUGUAGACAGAGGCUUUGUAGAAAAGUGAUUUCUUCUGAAACACAUAAAAUACAACUUCCUUCAUUUUUAAAAAUUCAUUUAAACAUUUAUUUCACAGAGCAGCACCUCUUGCCCAAAAUGUUGUGGUCUUUUCGUAUUUUUCUUUUAAGAGUUAGGCUUAUGUAUGUCAUAAAAACAAUAUUUAACUUUAGCCUGUAUUUUUAAGUUUAGGUAUUUAUGUAUCAGUUAUGUAUCACUGUACUUUAUGUUUCCUGAAUGUUUAUUAUUAUUACAUGUGGCAUAAAAACAGAUUUCUGACAAAUAAUAUUCAUUUUUGUUACCCUGAUUCCCUGUUUGUAUACCUUGAUUUUUGGUGAAACACUUUUUAAGCACCUAAAGUAUUAUACUUUAAACACACAUAUACACGCACCUCAUCGGUAUGUUUUACUUGACUCACAGUAAGGAAUGUUUCACCAAAAUCUGCUUAAGAAUUCGGAAUGACUCUGCAAUAGAUUAGAACAUUAACAGUUUUCAAAAUAUUGUUAAUUUAGACUAGUAAAACCUAUUAAAGAGACUUAACAAGACAUAUAGGCAGAUAUAACAGAUGACAAGAUAUAUGAAGGCAGAAUUUGUUUAUAUCUGCCUGAGCCAUCACUUUGUAAAUUUAGGUAACAGUAAGAAUUGUGAACUGAGACAGGUUUUACAAGGGAUUUUUUAAAUAAAAAACAAACAAAAAACCAAGUAGGCUGCUUUCCUGUAGUGCUCACCCUAAGGUGCUCUAGGCCUGCUAGGAAGAUUGACAGCUGUUCAGGUACAUAAGAUGUAAUGAAAUUGAAUGUUCAUGCUGGGCUUGGCACAUAAAAUGAGAUUGACCCCCUAGCCAUUAUCUCAUUUGCCUGAUUUACAUUGUAAAAUCAGCUUCUACACUAUUGAUUGGUGUAUAAUUAGUUAAUUAUGAACGGGAAAAUACAAAGUUAUGUGGAGCUUGAACACAGCAGGUUGGAGUGCUAAACAAUUUCCAAGGGCAUGAGCAGAUGGAGAUGAGUUUAUUAAAGAACAAAGCAGACGUGUUUCAGGUGUGGAAAUGUCUAAUCAUUCUCUCAUGCUGUGAAGAGAUACUUGACCUUACUGUGUAUUUUCAUAUGAAUUGCCUUGUUUCAUGUUCUAGUUUUUGUGUUGUUGUUGUUUUCAUUUCACUUUUAAAGUUGCAAGCUGCCUGUUGUAGAUGUAGAUAAUGAAUUGAAUCCACUCUUUAAGUGGAUUUGGAUUUGACUUUUCCCAAGUAGUGUUUCAGUUGUCUGUGUUCAUCUGUAAUGAAGAAUUUUAGACUGUCCUAUUACCCACUCUCACUGUGGUCCAUGAUUGAAGCCCCCAUUAGCAUUGAUGAAAUAGGUUCAUGUGUUCCACACUGGUAUAAAAUUUGUGAGAUAGGACUUAAAACACAGUUUCUAAUUAAUUUGUGUAGAAAAUGCUUAUGUAGGUGGCUUGAGAUAAAAUUGUUAAAUGUUAUAAAGAAUAAAAUAUCUUAGUUAUAAGUACUUUACCAUUGAUAGAACAUAAGAGUUUUGUGACAGUUUGUAUUAUUUAAAUUUCUAAGGGGCCUCAGUAUAUAUUUAUUCUACCUACUAAGACAUUCAAUUGAAAGGACUGGCCACUAUUCACUGAAAUAGCCUAUCACUGUAGUUGCUAAAUUUGUGUUUGAAUUGCUAGUAAGGUUUUGCUUAAGCAGUAUUAAUACUCAAGACUGAUCUAUAGGAAAGGCAGACACCCCCCCCCCAAAUCUGUUCUCUUGUUUCUACAUGAAAAAUGCAAUGUUACAUAGUUUCAGAGACAGUUCUUUAUUCAGCAUUGUAUAGAGUGGGAGGGAAUACUGAGUAGCGUGUUCCAUUAAGGUAACAAAAUUUCUACAGUUACCAGCACUAGUGCGACCCUAAAGCAGGACAGCACUUUUAAGUGUGAGCCACAGAUUUGGUCUCUUUCAAAAGACCAGUUUAUCGUGUGGCCAUAGACUGUCUGCUUAGGAGGCGUACUCACUUAUUUCAUCUAGUUUUAUUUUUGUUUUAAGUAGUUACUUAGUGUGUGCCCCAAAUGAACUUAUUAAUUGGAAAUUAAGAAAGGUAAAGAAACCUUUAGAGCAGUGUUUCUAACCCUUCCUAAUGCUGUGUUCCCUGUAAUACAGUUCCUCAUGUUGUGGUGACCCCCAUUGUUUUUUGUUGGUACUUCAUAAUUGUAAUUUUGCUACUGUUAAGAAUCAUAAUGUCAGUAUCUGUGUCCUAGGUGAUCCCUGAGAAAGGUUCAUUGAUUCCCAAAGGGGUUAUGACCUACAGGUUGAGGACCACUGCUUUCGAGCUUUGCCUAGCCUGCCUUUAGGCACAAGAGAAAAAUAAAUCAGUUACAUAUUUUUGCUUGUUUCCUCAUUGUCAGUAGUCACUCAACACCUAGUUUAAUGCUUUGUGGAUCAUAGCACUUAUGAAGAUCAGUCAUGGUCUCUGCUUUGUGUAGGGUGCUAUACUUAAUCAAUAUGCUAAGUAUUUUAAUACAGAUAGAGCUGUGUUUAGUCUCUAUGUUUUGCUAAAUCAAUGUGUAAAAGACCACUUCUGUCAUUUUAUCUGUAUCAAAUAUGUAUGUAGUAUGUAGGAAGUUGUAUUUAAUAGGUACUUAAUUAGUCAGGUUUUGUUUUACAUUAUAAAUCGGUUUGUUUCAUUUCAUUAAGCUGUAAUUAUAGGAUACUCUGUAGUCUAAUGUGUGCAAUAUUUAUUAGAUACUUUAAACAUCGGGUUUACAUUUAAUUUAAAGACAUUCAUAUGCUAGUUCUAUAUUCUCUUUUCUUGUUUAAGGUAUUGCCUUCUUUUUAUAAUGUCCUGUUGGUAUAAUAAUGUUUUUAUUACAUACAUAUUUGUUUUGUUGAAUAAAGUAUGUUGUGUUAUAUCACAA